AUGACCAUCAAACUACCACCACCGAUCCUCUUUAUCAUCAUCACCAUCGCCGUUACCGUUACCAUUACCGUUACCGUAACCGCCUCACCGACCUCGUUCGUAUACGAUCCAGAGCUCCUCCGAUUACCGUCCGAUGACUCGAUCUCCACCGCUCUCUGUCCUCUUUCCGUAAACCCUAGCUCCUGCCCGGUCAAAUGCUUCCGGCCGGAUCCGGUCUGCGGCGUCGAUAACGUCACGUAUUGGUGCGGUUGUUCCGAGGCGCAUUGUGCCGGUGUUUCUGUAGCGAAAUUAGGGUUUUGUGAUGUUGAGAAUGGAGGUAGUGGUCCGGUUUCAGGUCAGGCUUUGUUAUUGGUUCAUAUUGUUUGGCUUAUUUUUCUUGGAUUCUUUGUGUUGUUUGGCCUGCUCUGA